AUGAAGAAUAGUGACAUAACAGUAACAAAACUAGUAGCAAAUGGAUUAUACAAACAAGCCCUUCAAUUCUAUUCCAAACUCCACUCUUCUUCCCACACUCCUAACUCAUUCACAUUCCCCAUUCUCCUCAAAGCAUGUUCCAAUCUCUCUUAUAAUUCACCUUCCCAAACUCAAAUCCUCCAUGCCCAUCUCUUCAAAACCGGUUUCCAUUCCCACCCUCAUACCUCCACUGCCCUCACCGCCUCCUAUGCAGCCAAUUCUCGCUCUUUCCCGGAUGCAUUCAAACUGUUUGAUGAAAUGCCUCAACCAACUAUCACUGCCUUCAAUGCUGUACUUUCUGGACUCUCGUGGAACGGGUCUCGUGGUGAAGCUAUUGGGCUUUUUCAUAAAAUUGGGCUUUGGAAUCUUAGGCCCAAUUCUGUCACCAUUGCGUCGAUGCUCGCUACAGGUGAUAUAAAAGAUCAAAGUCAUGUGCAGCAGGUUCAUUGCUUGGCGCACAAGUUAGGAGUUGAAUCUGAUGUUUAUGUUUCCACUUCGCUUGUUACUGGUUAUUCGAAAUGUGGAGGUUUGAUUUCGUCGAAUAAGGUUUUUGAAAAUUUGCAGGUGAAAAAUGUUGUUACUUACAAUGCUUUUAUGUCGGGGUUGUUGCAAAACGGGUUUCCUCGUCUUGUUUUUUAUGUUUUUAAGGAUAUGAUGAUGAGAUUGGAGCAAAAACCGAAUAUGGUGACUUUGGUGUCUGUUAUUUCAGCAUGUGCUACCCUUUUGAACAUUCAUUUGGGGAAGCAGGUUCAUGGGCUUAGCAUGAAAAUGGAAGCUUGUGAUCAUGUUAUGGUGGUAACUUCACUUGUGGACAUGUAUUCAAAGUGUGGUUGUUGGGGUUUUGCUUUUGAUGUUUUUAAUGAAAGUAAAACGAGGAACUUGAUCACUUGGAACUCUAUGAUUGCUGGGAUGAUUAUGAAUUCAGAGAGUGAGAGGGCUGUGGAAGUGUUUGAGAGGAUGAUUGAUGAAGGGGUUUUGCCUGAUCCAGCAACUUGGAACUCUUUGAUUGGUGGGUUUGCUCAAAAAGGGGUGUGUGUGGAAGCUUUUAAGUACUUUAGGAAAAUGUUGUGUGCUGGUGUGGCUCCAUGUUUGAAGAUUGUGACUAGUCUUUUGUCUGCGUGUGCUGAUUCAUCUUUGUUGCAAAGUGGGAAAGAGAUACAUGGGUAUGCUUUGAGAAUUUGUGUUAACAAAGAUGAUUUUUUUGCAACUGCUUUGGUUGAUAUGUAUAUGAAAUGUGGGUGUGUUUCUUUGGCACGUUUUGUUUUUGAUCAGUUUGAAGCAAAACCAGCUGAUCCUGCAUUUUGGAAUGCAAUGAUAGGAGGGUAUGGAAGGAAUGGAGAUUAUGAGUCUGCUUUUGAAAUCUAUGAUGAAAUGUUGGCUGAAAUGGUUCAACCGAAUGGUGUAACAUUUGUUAGUGUUCUUUCGGCUUGUAGCCACAGUGGUCAAGUUGAGAGAGGAUUACAUGUUUUCAAAAUGAUAAGAGAGUAUGGUUUGGAUCCGAAGCCUGAGCAUUUUGGUUGUGUUGUUGACCUUUUGGGUCGAUCUGGUCGGUUGGAAGAAGCUCGAGAUUUGGUGCAUGAAUUAGCAGAACCUCCUGCAUCUGUUUUUGAUUCUUUGCUUGGUGCAUGUAGGUGCUACCUAGAUUCUAAUCUUGGAGAAGAAAUGGCCAUGAAGCUUCUCGACAUGGAACCGGAAAAUCCAGCUCCCCUGGUGGUUUUGUCCAACAUAUAUGCAGCGUUGGGAAGAUGGAGAGAAGUAGAAAGGAUAAGAGGCUUGAUCACAGAUAAAGGAUUGGACAAACUUUCUGCUGUUAGCAUGAUAGAAGUUGCAUGA